GCACGGCUUACUCAUAUUCGCGUCCAACGCUUGGCGACUACUGCGCUUAACUGCGACUACUCUUAACAUCGGCGCACGUGCUUUGGACCAAAGCGGAGCACUUUCUGUGCGUGUAAAGCUGAGUGCCUUUCAAGGAAGACAUCCAUAAAGCUGCUUCAGAAUGGACAAGGCUACGCUUUCCGUCGUCAUUAUGUGUGCCUGUCUUGCUACUGCUGCAGCAAACCCGACUCGACAAGUCGCCGAAGCAGAGUUAGAUGGGUGGAGCUUUUUAGAAACAGGAGUGACUCUCCACGUCAUCGCGAGGAAUUAUGACCCAUUGGGAAAUAAUGUAUCGGACUGCCUAACAACCACAACCAUUAAGAAGGAAAACAGGAACCAUGCAGCGACACAAAUCGUGAAGUUCUGGAACCACAAGGCCACUAAAUGGAUGUCCAUUAACCAGGGUUUAGUAGCAUUUAGUAAUGAGGAAGGGAUACACAACUUCAUGAAAACUACUGAAGACUCAGCUGGACCUAAAAUGUCCUACACAUUUUUACACGCGACGAAAAAGUGCUGCGUCAUGGAGGUCAGCUACUCGGGAAGCAAGCGGACAGUGUUAAAGGUAGAGAAAAGUUCAUCGCAGCAAGAGACAGAUGGACGGCACUGCGUUUUGUGGGUAAAGCAAGACGCACUGGACGAUCAUCAUGCAUCGUGCGAGCAAUAUUUUCUGCGCAACUGCGUCACCGAACAUGUGUAUACAGUUUACAACCGGACAGAAUGCAUAACAGCGCUUCCAGAGCAUCAAGAAGACACCAACCUGCAAGCUUUGGGAUGAUAUAAUAAAAUUAAUAGCAA